UGUCAUCACGGCUGCUUUUCGUUUAAAUUUAGUUUGAUUUUAGCUAGCAAAUAAGAUGGAGGUGUCGUCGAAUGAUGAAAUUAAUGACAUUUUCUCAGUCAUUGCACCUGGUACUAUCCGUCCGAAUUAUCCUUAUCAUGUUGCAAUUUCGACAAAUAAGGCAAAAGAAAGCAGCCAAAUUCAGGUGAGCAUUGAAGGCCCAGACUACAAUGUAUCGAAAACUAUCGAAAUAAAGCCAAUGUCCACUGAAGUCAUGCAAUUUGAUACACCUAACUUGGUAGAUGGACAAUAUAAGUUGACUGCUGUUGCGUUAUCGGGAGGGGAAUUUCAAGCAUCUAAUAAACUGCUUUAUGCGGGGAAUGCGCCACUGCCGUUUGUUCAAACUGAUAAGGCCACUUACAAACCGGGCGAUUUGGUGCAUUUUCGUGUUUUGUUGAUGAACGAGUUAUUGCGUCCGGCGAAAGUUACGACUGGCAUAGAUAUAAAUAUUAAUGACAACAUGGAAAAUCGCAUUAAACAGUUUCCAGGUGUUGCUUUGAAAAACGGUGUGUUUACAGGCAAGUUUUUGCUUUCCGAGCAACCUCCACUUGGUGAGUGGUCAAUAAAUGUGUUACUGGAUGGUGUGUCUCUAACUAGAAAAAGUUUUGCCGUUGACAAAUAUAUAUUACCCAAAUUUAAAGUGACUAUCGAAACUGAAACAGAUGUUUAUGCUGAUGAUACCGCAAUUAGGGCAGCUAUAAUAGCGAGGUACACAUAUGGAAAAUCAGCAAAAGGUGUGGCUAAGGUUUCCCUAUCGGAGAAUUUUUAUAUGUGUUUUGGAUCGCAAGAAGGUCAAGUUAAGUGCGAGAAAACUGUUAAUGUUGACGGAAAAACUUAUGUGGAAUUUGAUAUGAAAAAUGAAUUGGGUGUAACGUCGAAGGAACUACAUUUCUCCUCUUUGGUACUAAAGGUUGAAUUUGAAGAAGAUCUCACAGGCUAUAAAAGUUCUGCAAAAAGUACUAUAGUUUUACAUAGCGAGAAGUACAAAGUGGAGUGCAUAAAUCCACCUCAUGAAUACAGGCCUGAAGUACCACUAACAUUUAAAAUUUCGAUAAAAAAUCUUAACAACACACCUGUUAACGACACAACUAACCAAAUUAAAUUAAUUGCAAAGCCUUCCGCAGAUGCAGGAGAACUUGUUGAGGAGUCAGCAAAUAUCGACAAUGAAGGGUUCGCUACUUUUGAACUGACCCUACCUGACACCGAACACUACUACGACGUUCAGUACGUUUAUCUCAAUCAAUCCUCAUAUAUUACAACAUUAAGUAGAUAUUCCAGUUGUGAUAUUUCAGACAACUUGAGACUCUACAACUUAUCGCAUAACCCUUCAUUACACGAGAAAGUUUGCAUUGAGAUCAGAUCUCCAAAUAUAUUAUCUGACUUUAUAUAUCUUGUCAUAGGACGUGGUAAGAUUUUAAAAGUGGAACAUGUGAAAGUAACUGAAGCUUUACACUCAUAUAAAUUCGGAUUUAUGCCCACAUUUGAAAUGGUGCCACAAAUCGAUGUAUUCGUCUAUUGUGUUCAUGGCAAGCAACUGCUUUUCGAUUCCGUAAAUAUAUCCAUAAAGAGAGAAUCCCAAAAUUUCAUAAAAAUUUCUUCCCGGAGCGAAGUUGAACCAGGUGAUUUGGUUGAUAUCGAAAUAAAUACAAAUCCUGAUUCCUUUGUUGGCUUAUUGGGCGUGGAUCAAAGUGUUUUGUUACUCAAGUCUGGCAACGACAUUAAUUUAGAUAACAUAUAUGAUAGUUUAAGUACUUUUACUACUUGUACACACUGGGAUAAUGGAUUUAAUAAGCCAGGGAGUAGUUGCGGCUUAGUUUUUUUAACAAAUGCCGAACUCCGCGAGGAUGGUCUAAUGCUCGAAUAUUGCCAACUGGAAUGCUCUAAUCGUUCAUUUGUCAUGAAUAGUGAAUCGCCCAGGUUGGGUGGAGCAAAUUAUAAACUGGCUUGUAUGGCUUCAGAUGUAGUUCCGGAAAUUCAAGUUCGCAAAAAUUUUGUCGAGAAUUGGAUUUUUGAGGAUAUUGACAAUGUUGAAGGAGGUAAUGUGGUUCUUAAGAGGACAAUUCCUGACACAAUCACUUCGUGGGUAAUUACUGGAUUUUCUAUUAAUUCAUCGACUGGUUUCGCAAUCACAGAAAUACCAACAAAUAUAAAAACCUUUCGUCCAUUUUUUCUAUCAACAAAUUUACCUUAUUCUAUUAAAAGAGGCGAAGAAAUUUCGAUUCCGGUUCUUAUAUUUAAUUAUCUUGAUAAACCUCUUGAAACUGUUGUAACUUUAGAGAAUAAUGAUGAUGAAUUUGAAUUUACCGAUGAAGGUGAAAAGCCAAACAAACGCAUUAGAAAAAUUACCGCUGAGGCUAAUGAAGGGCAAACUGUUCUUUUUGCUAUACGUCCCAAGCGAAUCGGUAAUAUAACGCUUAAAAUAACUGCUGUAAGUCCCUUAGCUGGCGAUUCUGUACACAAGCUACUAAAAGUGGAGCCUGAAGGCAUUACCAUCUACAGGAAUUACGACUAUUACUUGCAAUUGAAAGAUGUAGGUGACGAUUUUAAGCAAACAACUACGUUAGAUAUACCAAAAGAUAUUGUGCCUGAUUCGGAGUAUAUUGAGGUUUCUGUGAUGGGUAAUCUAUUAGGAUCCACUAUCAAUAAUCUUGAUGCUUUAAUUCAAAUGCCGUAUGGCUGCGGCGAGCAAAAUAUGGUUAAUUUUGUACCGAAUAUCUUGGUACUCUAUUAUUUAGAGGCUGUUAACCAACUAACUACAUCAAUAAAAGAAAAAGCAAUCCGUUUCAUGGAAAUUGGUUAUCAACGCGAACUAACUUACAAGCAUGAUGACGGUUCCUACAGUGCUUUUGGAGAAUCUGACAAUUCGGGUAGCACAUGGCUUACAGCUUACGUUAUGCGUUCAUUUCGACAAGCCACUAAAUUUAUUGACAUCGAUCCAAACAUUUUAAGAGAUGGCAUGAGUUUCUUGGCUCAAACACAAGACGCCGAUGGUGGCUUUGUGGAACGUGGGGUUCUAUUUGAUUUCUCGCAUCACAACAAACUCGGAUUAACUGCUUACGUACUAUUAGCUUUUCUUGAAAAUAUUGAAUAUUUGGAGCAGUACCAAAAUGUUAUUGAUUUGGGGUUCAAUUACCUGAAGAGUAAUGUGAAAAGCUCUGAUGAUUUGUAUGCAGUAUCUGUAGCACUGUAUGCAAUGCAACGACAUGGAGAUGAAGGGGAAGUGCAAUCUUUAUUGACUGUACUAAAUAACAAAGCUAGAGUUGAUUGUGGUUACAAAUGGUGGAGUAAAGAAAACGAAAUUGUGGAUGAUACUAAACAUUAUGCUGCUAAUACCGAUUUGCAGAUUACCGCCUAUGUACUAAUGUCACUUUUGGAUAGAAAUGAAACUGCAUUGUCUACAGCGAAGUGGCUAAUUUCACAGCGUAACAGUAGCGGUGGCUUUACCUCCUCACAAGACACAGUACUCGGUCUAGAAGCAUUGAUUAAGUUUGCACAAAAAACCGAUAGUGGAGAAACAGAUUGCGUUAUAAACUUCAGCGGUGCUGAUGGCAAUGCAAGUGUGGCCAAAUUUGAAGUCAACGAAGAUAAUACAUUGGUGUUACAAUCACACAAAAUUGCAAGUGAUACGCGUAGCGUCACUUUUAACGGAAAAGGAAGCGGUGCUGUUGUGAUACAAAUCUCGUACCGUUACAACAUAUUCAAGAAGGAGGUACAACCUAGCUUUAAGGUUAAUAGCAAACUCAGCAAAAUUGGAAAUGAAGGAAAUAAGCUAACAAUGGAUGUCACUGUUGAGUUCUUGCCUUCGCAGAAAGAUCAUCAAAAUAAUAAGUCAAAUAUGUCUGUUUUGGAGGUUGCUUUGCCAUCAGGUUAUGCUGCUUCGACCGAUGCUUUUGGUAGAAUAGAGGAUAUACCCAAUGUGAAGCGUAUAGAAACUAAAAAUGAGGAGACCACCAUUGUCAUAUAUUUUGAUUACUUGACAGCAGGUGACGUGAAAACUGUACCCAUCGAAGGUGUGAAAUUACACGAUGUUACUGGUCAGAAGCCCUCUCCGAUCGUUGUGUAUGAUUACUAUGACACCAAAAAGCGAGCUACUGUCUUCUACGAAAUUUAGUCAUAUCAUGUCCUUCGAUGUGUUAAAACCAUUUGCGUAGCAAUCAAAGCUUUUAAAAUUUUAUGGAAAAAAAAUUAUAUAAAAUAUGUGAAAUAUCAAAGGAUACAUCAAAGAAAGUUGAAGUUUGUUAUAUAAUAUUUUUAUUAUUAAUUUUGGCUUGUCUGACAUUGCGGCCAAAAGAUCUAUUCUAUCCCUACAUGUUAUAUUAUU